GUGAUACUUGCGCUAUUGAUCAUACCCCCCUGCUCGAUGUGAACACGGGCACGCGGGUGUCACUUGUGCACGCACUCCCUUUCCAUCCGCAGCCUUUUUUUAGCUCAGGCAGCUCUGGUCCGCCCCCCCGCUAGCUCCUGGAGACCACCACCCCCGCUCUCGCCGCCAUGGCAUCUCGGAGCCCCCUCCUCGCGUGCGUGCUGGCGGGCACGCUCGUGGCCCUCUGCGGCCGGAGCGCCAGCUUCGUCGGGUCGCCCGCGCCGGGGUGCCAGCGCGGCGGGUGCGUGGCAGCGCGGGUGAGCGCGGAGUACCUGGAGCGCUGCGGGCCGAAGGACGCGGACGUGGCCUUCGACGCCUCGGCCGCCACGGGACCUGGCCCCGCCGUCACCUACAAGAAGCGCCCUUUCGGCAUCCUGCGCUACCAGCCCGGCAACGGCAUGAAGGGCGCGAUGGCCAUGGAGGUGAUCCCGGUGUCCCGCUACCCUGGGGACCCCCAGGGCCAGGCGUUCGCCGCCGGCGUGACGGGCGGCAUGGUGGUAAAGUCCGUCGCCGGUGCGGAUGUGCUCACGGAGGACUUCGGGAAGAUCAUGGACAUGCUGGACGACGAGGUGGCGGACCCGCGCUUCUCCAAGUCCACAGCGCUGGCCCUUGAGAAGCUGGGGAGGAAGGCGGACCCCGCAGAGACGCCCCUGGAGGUGGUCUACGCGACCGUGCCGGGCUACGUGUACGCGGGCGCCGAGAUGAAGGCGGACGGCCAGGACGGCUUCGCCCGCUGAGUGCGCUCCGCUCUGACCGGCGGCUCCGUCGCGCACUCCCGCGAGGCGACGCGCAGCCCGAUCGGAGUCUCUGCCGGCGCCGUUUUCAAAUGUGGCCGCCGUCGCCUCCGCCCUGCGGCCCUCCGCCGCCCUUCUUGAUCCGCCACCCAAAA